AUGGAACCGCGACAAGCUGCUAAGCAGCGCCAUGUUUUGACGAUCGAUUGUGCAGAUAUACCCAAAGCGACGGCGGAAACGUUUAACGCAAAACCUUGGCUUAGGGAUAUCAAGCUAGAACUCAACCGGUGGAACAAACCUCCGUGGCAAGUGAUCCAAGGCGGCUGGUACCAGGUCAUCAGCUUCUACGAGGGGUUGGCACAGUCCGGGGCUGUCGCUGUCGUACCAAGUCUAAAGGUGGUGUUCGUUGGUGCGGUGCACGCCGGCAAGACCACUCUGACAAGGGGCCUGCUGGACGGAAAACUCGCAAAACUCCCGCCACCCAGAACUCGUGGCGUCGACGUACACGUCAACCCAUGGACGCCAAACUUCGACCCUCCAGUUGAGGUGGUUAUCUGGGACUUUGCGGGCCAUGAUGACUACUACUCCACUCACCAGCUAUUUUUAACCUCAGGGUCAUUGCACGUGCUCGUCGUCGACCUCCACAAGUUCGUGUGUGACCCUUCCUCGACGGGGGACACAGUCUACGUGUGGCUGGACUCAUUGCUUUGCCGGGUACCCGGAAGCGUUGUCCUGGUCGUGGCUACAUAUGCAGACGCCUUUGGUGAUAACCACGAGCGGUCGGCGGCCGCCUUGAGCAAGCUAGAAGCAGCGAUACACGAACACUUGGAGGAGAAACGCAUGGAGUGGCAGACUGCUCAGCGACAGGCCGAGAACACCAAGCAGACGCCACAAGACCGAUGUGGUCCCCCGGCAAGUGGUUCAACGACAGGAUACCCGGCGGAUCACGCAGCAGCACCGCCGCCCACGCUCCAGCUGUGCGGCUUCAUCUCGGGCUCCGGCCGCAGUUUGGAGGACCUUUCGGUUCUUGGGAGAAAGAUCUGGGAGAUCGCUCACGAGGAGUCCCUGUUCCCGGACAUCCAUCAGAAGAUCCCCAAAUCCUGGAGGAGGGUGUGGGCUGUCAUGGAUGCAUUGCGCGAGGGAGCAGACCCCCAGAAAGCGGUGCGACUGGACGGUCCUCUUGCCCCGGUCGAAGGGCGCGAGAAGCGCGAGUUUGUGACCCGGGAAGAAGCAUUCGAAGCGUGGUGGGGUGCGGAUGGCGAAUCAGUGGCGGAGCUGAAGGCCAAAGGCCCAGACAGCCAACAUCUCAACCAGGAUUCCCAACGCCUCUUCCAGGCGGCGCUAAAGCUGCGGCAGAUGGGUGGAUCAGUCCUGGCGGCGUGUGGCCUGGUCCACCUAAACGUCGCCUGGAUCAAUGAGUUGCUGCGGGAGCUCCUGGACCAUCGCUUGGCUGAUCCAAAGCAGGCGAGCUUUGUUUCUCUUUCCCACUUUGCUGCUGCCAACUGGUGGGUUGAGCAGCUAAGGACGUACUGCCGCGAACGUGGCGUCUUAUUCAACAGGCUCAUCGGCAUUCACAGGGUGCAAACCGUGCCAUGCAAGAACAACCAGUCGUGUGCUUUGAGGCGUUUUGUCAUAACGGGGGUGAUCACGAAGGAGUACCUUCGUUUUCUGUGGCGGGAGGUAAAGGCGGUCCAGGACGAUGAAGUGUUCGACCGCCUAGUCGAUACGAUGGCUCUGCACGACGCUAUGUUUCCGUGCGACAAGAAUGGGAUCCAUCAGGAAGGAGAGUUCAUGGUACCCGCUCGGCUCCCGGCCAGCGUUCCGUGUGCCUCCCUCGCGGAGCUGGAGAAAGCAAUAUCUCAAGGUACCCGGAUGCAGUUCGUCAUCGCGAUCUACGCCGGCUAUGUCCCGCCGGGAAUCAUCCCGCAAUUUCUCGGCGAAUUGAAACGUAGGGACUGCGGGAUUUCCGGAGAGUUCGUGUUUCACGUUUCCUGGCACCGGGGGGUGGCGUUCAUGACGGCAGGACAGCAGAUCCUUGUGCGCCUCGGGGAGACUUGUGUUCCAUCCCAACGUGUAGUGGAGGUGAACAUUGCCGGGGAUGCCGAAAAGGACGUGUACGACACUGGUUUCGCAAUUAAGAAACUUAUUGUACGUCUUCUGGAAAAGCGGUACCCAGGGCUGGACUUCGACCCUGAGGCUAACCCCACCUUAAUGAAGGGGAAAGAAGCCUGGCAGGAGACCCGGGCCGCGCUUCGGGGAGACUUGGUCGAAGAGCUGGAACGAAACCUGGAGGCGGUGCUGAGAAGGAUCCUAGAACCCUCCAGCAAUCCAGGCGACGGGCUGGCGGAAUCCAACACGCUCAUCCCAAAACUCAUCGAUGGAGCUCUGGCGAAGAGGCUCACUAGCCUGUGCUCAGACAUGCAGCUAGACGUCAACCGCAAGUUGAACGAGACGACUAUGGAGAUUGUGGCCGGCGUGGAACAAGUCGUCCAGGCGAACCUGUCGAACGCGGCGGUUGUUGGGCUGAGACCGUCAGAGAGGAACAUCCUGGUUGGCGUGGCGCGGGAAUUGGCCCUUCUGCGGUGAGCAUCCCCAACAGCAAGGUUU